GUGACGUAGACCAUGAAUGGAGUUCUUCCGUGCUGCGCCGGAUGUAGUCAUCUGUGUUUCAGUAGCGUUUCGAUAACGUUCGUUUAUUAGCGCUACAAUUUUUUCUCUCUCCGGCGGAGGAUUUCUUUACCGAAUCCACCGCUAACAUGAAACUCGUCAGGUUUUUGAUGAAACUGAGCCAUGAAACUGUUACCAUUGAGUUGAAGAAUGGCACCCAAGUCCAUGGCACAAUCACAGGAGUGGAUGUCAGUAUGAACACCCACCUAAAAGCUGUGAAGAUGACCCUGAAAAACAGAGAGCCCACCCAGCUGGAGUCGCUGAGCAUCCGCGGAAACAACAUCCGCUACUUCAUCCUUCCAGAUAGUCUUCCUCUUGAUACGCUGCUGGUGGACAUAGAGCCCAAAGUCAAGUCAAAGAAGAGGGAAGCUGUGGCUGGCCGUGGCCGGGGAAGAGGAAGGGGUCGUGGCAGAGGACGAGGACGUGGACGAGGUGGGCCGAGAAGAUGAAUGUCCUAAGUCGUUCCUGCUUAUUGCUGUUUGUACAGGAUUUUGUUUUGAAAAUAAUGAUUCAUUUUGUUUCUCUUUUUGUACAAUAAACUGCUCUUUUGAAAAUGUC